AUGCCAAAGAGAACCAGGAUAAGUCAACACAUCAAGAAUAGACAGCUGGAGCGCUCCCCCAGCCGAGGGAGCGGCCAAGCCCGGCUGCGCGGCCUGGAGUGCGGCGCCCUGGCUACAUCUGCCCCCCUGCGGAGCCUGGAAGUGGAAGUGACCUGCUCCAUCUGCCUUGAUUACCUGCGAGACCCUGUGACCAUCGACUGUGGCCAUGUCUUCUGCCGCAGCUGCACAGGUGACAUCCGUCCUAUCUCAGGGAGUCGCCCUGUAUGCCCACUCUGCAAGAAGCCUUUUAAGAAGGAGAACAUCCGGCCCGUGUGGCAGCUGGCCAGCCUGGUGGAGAAUAUCGAACGACUGAAGGUGGACAAAGGCAGGGAACAGGGAGAGCUGGCCCGGGAGCCACAGGAUGUGAAGUUGUGUGAGCGGCACCAGGAGAAGCUGCGCUACUUCUGUGAGGAUGAUGGAAAACUGCUGUGCAUGAUGUGCGGAGAAUCCCGGAAACACCGGCCCCACACAGCUGUCCUCGUGGAGAAGGCUGCCCUGCCACACAGGGAAAAAAUCCUGAACUACCUGAGCACCUUGAGGAGAGACAGAGACAACAUUCAUGGCCUUCAGGUGAAGAGAGAAGCGGACAUCCUCGCUGCACUGGUAAAGCUGCAAGAGCAGAAGCAGUACAUGGUGUCAGGAUUUAAGCGGGAGCAGCACCUGCUGGACCAGCUGGCCACCUUAGAGCAGCUGCUUACUGAGGGCAGAGAAAAGUUCAAGACCCAGGGUGUCAGUGAGCUAAGCCGGCUAGAGAUGGUCAUUUCUGAGCUGGAGGGUAAGGCACGGCAGCCUGCUGCAGAGCUCAUGCAGGAUCCUAGGGACUUCGCCAACAAGUAUCCACAGAAGUUCUGGGUUGGGAAACCCAUCCCUCAUAUGGUGAAAAGGAAGACAGGAGAGUUCACAGAUAAAGUCCUCUCUCUGCAGAGAGGCCUAAGGCAGUUCCAAGGAAAGCUUCUAAGAGAGCUGGAAUAUAAGAGUGUCACCCUGGACCCACAGUCAGCCAGCGGAUACCUGCAGCUGUCAGAAGAUUGGAAGAGUGUGAUGUAUACCAGCCAGUACCAGAGCAACUCCCUGUACCCCCAGCAGUUUGAUUGUGAGCCAGGGGUGCUUGGCAGCAAGGGCUUCACCUGGGGUAAGGUGUACUGGGAAGUGGAAGUGGAAAGGGAAGGCUGGUCUGAGGAUGAGGAGGAUGUGGAGGAGGAGGAAGGGGAUGAAGAGGAGAACGAAGAGGAGGCUGGCUAUGGGGAUGGAUAUGAUGACUGGGAAACUGAUGAGGAUGAAGAAUCGCUGGGGGAGGAGGAAGAGGAGGAGGAAGAAGAGGAGGAAGAGGAAGCUCUGGAAAGCUGCAUGGUAGAAGUGGCCAGAGACUCUGUCAAGAGGAAGGGAGACCUCUCUCUCCGGCCAGAGGAUGGAGUUUGGGCACUGCGGCUCUCCUCCUCUGUGAGCCCUGAGGCCCAGCUCUUCCCAGCACUGCAGCCCCACAGAGUGGGCAUCGCCCUGGAUUAUGAAGAGGGUACUGUGACAUUCACCAAUGCAGAAUCACAGGAACUCCUCUAUACCUUCACUGCCACCUUCACCCAGCGCCUGGUCCCCUUCCUAUGGCUCAAGUGGCCAGGAACACGCCUCUUGCUGAGACCCUGAGCCCCAGUGCCUGCCUGAACCCCACAUAUCAACAGAAGCUUCACUUCUCUGAGAUCCCUGGAUUCUGAUGGGGGAGGAUGUCUGGCCAGCACAUACUGAAGUGGGAAGAGGAGGGACCCUACAUCAUGGUCACCCACCUCCCCAUCUCAGUGGCCAGAGACCUCGGAGGUAUCACUCAUCUCUACUUCCCAGUUGGGCUUCUCUUCCUCCUACUUAUUUCCUAUGGGACCUUCUGCCCCUGGAGUCCAUGGGGCCUCUCUGAGUGCCCUUUGUUACAGUUCUGCUCUCUGUUGAACAGGGAUGGGGCAGCACUUUCUGAUCCAGUUGGUGUCCAAUGCCA